AUGGACGCCUCCUCCCUCCGCAUCUCCAAGUUCGAUGGAACUAACUUCCACGCCUGGAAGUUCAAGAUGCAGAUGGUGCUGGAGGAACGGGACCUAUGGGAGGUCGUCAGCGGUGAGAUCAAGGCGGAACAGUGCGAGACUCAGUUGGACCAAGCGACGUACAAGAGGAAGUCAAGAAAGGCGAUGGCAGUGAUCUGUCUAGCCAUGGAAGAUUCCCAGCUACCGUUGGUCCGGUCGGCAAGUGGUGCAUGCGACGCAUGGUCAAGGUUGGAAGACCACUUCGAGAAGAAGAGUCUUGCCAACAAGCUGUUCUUGCGCCGUCGCUUCUUCACGACAAUGAUGGAAGAAGGCGACGAUGUGCUCGAACACAUCAACAAGCUCAAGACGCUGGCGGAACAGCUAGAAGCGGUGGGGGCUCCAGUCUGCGAGGACGAUCUGGUGAUCACACUCCUCGGCAGCCUGAGUGACUCGUAUCAAUUCUUGAUCACAGCUUUGGAGUCGCGCUCAGACACUCUUAGCUGGGAGCUCGUGACGUCUCGACUGCUUCAUGAAGAAAUGAAGCGGAAGGAGCAAGGAAGUAAAGGUGAUGAAGCUUCGCAAGGUCAAGCGUUCAUCACAAGGGACAAUCAGCGCAAAGGGCGACCAGUGAAGAAGUCCUGGCCGUGCCACAAUUGCGGAAAGAUUGGUCACUGGAUGGCGGAGUGCCCCUCGCGCAUCCAAGAAAACACGGAGAGACACCGGCCACAGCGUGCUCAAGACAGCGGCGACCGCUAUCGAUCACAACGUGCAAACGUCGCUCAAGAAGAAGACUCGGGCGACUACCUCUUUUCGAUCGGUGAAACGACAUCUGCGAAAUCGAGCGACAUCUGGCUGGUCGACUCCGGGGCGACGCAGCACAUGACGUGCUCCAAGAAGUUCAUGCGGAACUACAAGGGGUUUGACGCUGUGGAUGUCCAUCUCGCGGAUGAUGGAAUCGUCCAAGCAAUCGGCAGUGGGGACAUUGUCAUGUCGAUGAAGACACCCCAAGGGAUGAAGAAAGGUGUGCUCACAAACGUGUGGCACAUCCCCAAGUUAUCCAGAAACCUGUUCUCGGUCGGCCGCUUCACCAAGGAUCGUCGGCCCAGUGACGUUCCGAGUUCGAGUAGGAUGGGUGCUAUGGAGAAGCGAAAGGCGCAAGUGGAAAAAUGGUGCAAGCGCAGUAAGGACUGUUCAAGCUGCAAAUGA